AUGGCGUUGUUGGCGCUCAGUUUGCUAUCACUGACUGUCAGCUCCGUUUUAUCUGCCCGGAUUGUUGGCUUCAUGGCCCUUGGAGGAUCUCAGUAUAUUAACAUGAAGCAUAUCAUGGAAGAACUGGCUUCCCGGGGCCACCAGGUAGAUAAAGAGUCAGUGGUUUUAAUAUUCAUGCGACACAUUCAAGUUGUAAGCUUAAUUCUGCAGAGGGCUUCAUUGAUACAAUCUCUUGAAAAGAUGUCCCAAAUACUAAAGGGGGUAUUAUUUUGUUAGAUUAUUUCUUUCCUAUUUUAAAAGGUUUGUAAACAACGUUUGAUUUUAGGAAAGGCCACUUUCAUUAAAAACUCAUCGAUCAGGUUAAGGAACAUCAUAACGCCGAUUCGACCGCAUAAUUUAUCUAUUGUUUUUCUCUCAUAUUUCAUGCAAAUGACUGUGUGCGUUUUCAUGACUCAACUGGAACGGACAGUGGUUUCUUACUGAGUAAAAAUUAAAAGCAUUUUAAUGCCUUGUCCCACGAGCAGCACACGUGCUUCUAAUUAUUAAUUACAAUCUUGCGUGACAAGCCUGUCGGCAACGCAAAAGUUUUCCCACGCGCAAAUAAAUGAUUGCCACCGACCAUAAACGUAGUACUGUAGAUAUCGGCAUAUGUAUGAUUAAUAUCGGUUAGCUUAAGGUGCUUUUACCCAGGGCUAUUCGCAACGACUAUGUUUAGCGCAAAACCGCGUUGCAAUGUUGGAACAGUGUUGCCACCAUGAAACAAUGUCGCAACAAUGUUGCGACGCUGGGCUGCGCUAAAAAUCGUCGUUGCGAAUCGUCCCGUGUAACAUCACCUUUAGAGCAGCAAUCGGUACUGACAUUUAAGGUAAAUGCGUGACUUGAGUCACGCUCUACAUGAUUGUCGGUUUUUCUCAUAAGUUUGGCUCCAAGACUGAUUAUUUUUUAGAACAUUCAAUAUAACAUAAUUUACUCCGCAAGCUGAAUCUACUGGAGGCAAUAUUAAUGGGCUACUUACAGGCUUAAAUAUGUAGGGACAAAAUUCAAUGGAGUGCAAUGUUGCGUUUACAUUUCACGCUUGUGAAAUGGGAAAAAACAAACGCAAGCGCAAUGCAAGGAAAAAAUGUUUUUCACCGCCUUAUCUAAAAUAAUUAUUGACUUGAACUACUGCGAGUCAUAAACGUUGCUUAAAGAAAUAAAUCACUUUCUUUCGAUUCAUUGAGUUGAAAUAACUGGUGUCUCAAAUAUAACUUGUUGUAAUACCCAAAAUUGAAAAUAAACAAACCAAUCACCUGACAUUUGGAUUUACUUUGAUUUAAGGUCAAUGCGUGAGUGGAAACAUCAUCGGAGAACUCGUUUUUUUAAUUCAUAGAUUACUUUUCGUUUGCAUACUUGCUACACAAAACUAUCUAUUAUUUAAAAACGAGCCUGUAUUUUUGGUGGAUUAGCGUGUAUAAAUUCAGAGCGACACUGCGCACCGCCCCUUACACAUGAAAGCACCUAUAUUUGGUUUCACGUGACUAAUCGCUGAGAGGGACUCCUCUCGCGAAAAGGAGACCAAUCAUGAUUUCACGGUGGCUAGCACAGCAGAAAAAAGACAAGGUAAGCAAGAUAACUCUUGCUACUGUAUAUUGGCACUUGCUGAAUUUUUAUUCGAGCCUUGUCAAAAUGUUCGCUGGUGUAGAUGAUUUAAGGAAUGAUAACUAGAAAGUAAAAUAUUGUUGUCCAUAAACUAUACUGCGAACGUGGUUCAAUGGACCGGUUUUAUAGACAGCGUGAGUGGCGCUGGUGUCUACCCACAAUAAUAGGGUCAGAGGGCGCUUAAGAAUUAAAAAUCUACGUUUAAAUGAACUUGAGUAGAUAGGUGGAGCUUGAUCUUCCACUGGAGGUGGUCCUGAAUUGGUCUGUUGUUGACAAUGACUGACGCUUCGCUGCUAUUGUAAAAUACUUUUUUCUUAUUAAUAGGUGUCGCUGCUGGUUCCAUCCUCCCAAAAAAUUAAAUCAAGUGAGGUGCCACACAAAAUUUACCAGGUUCCUCUCAAACCUGACUACCUCGACGCUUUCGUCAGGCUUGAAAUGGAGGGAUCUUGGUUUCGGGCCAUUAAAAGAGGAAGGGAACUCCAAAGUAUCAUAUGCGAAGGGGCUUUAAACAGCUCAGAAGUGCUGGCGGAGUUGAAAGAUUUUGACUUGCUCGUUUACGAAACUCCCAUGGGAAUGUGCGGUCCGCUGGUUGGUGAGCUUCUUGGCAUUCCGCGAGUGGAAAUUUUGAUCUCCUCACCAAACACCCCGUUUGGUUUUGACCACAUGUUUUCCAUGCCUGUCUCCUAUGUCCCGCUGAACAUGCUUGGAUUCUCUAAUGAGAUGACGUUUAUGGAACGAGUUAUUAACUUGGUUUCGUAUCUUAGUUGCAAGCCAUUGUUUGAUGUUGUUUUCGGCACUAUACUGAAUAGUCUCAAGGUUAAGUACAAUGUUAAACCUGAAAGAAGUUACCAGGAAGCUCUUGGGGAUGCAGAACUGGUUUUGAUUGCAGCAGAUUUUGCGUUGGAGUAUCCUCAACCUCUGUUACCAGGUAUGAAAUGCCGUCUAUCAUAAGUAACUCAUUCGAAGUAAACCACAGUGCAACUAUACUCGAUUAAUUUUUCUCUUUGGCUUCAAUAGGACGUGUAAAAGGUUAUUGAAAAUUCCUUCGCUGACUUUAAAAGCUUAUAAUCCUUUCCAUUAGACUGCGAGCAGUCUCUCUUUUUCUUCAGAUUUAGUUAGCGGGGUGCACUCGCAGGCGAGCGUCGAGCAGCGAAGCCGCGAGACGAGAGAAACGAGGGCGGCAGCCCGAGAAGAAGAAAAAGAGACUGCCCGCACAGCCAGAACAAAUGAACUAUAUGCGUUGGCCUCACAGCGCAAAAUACGAUUGGCUGAUUCGUGAAGCGUUGACAACGAACUGUCAACAGUCAAACCAUUGACAAGUUGAUGAUGGCUGAAGCACUGCAGGAAUGUUUGUCAUGUUCCCGAAAAUAGAAAAAAGAAUUAGAUAUAGAGCAAAAACAAGCAUUAGAAGGUCUCAUCUCUCCGGGUACGUGACAUGAUCGUAACUUAAAUGCUCAAGGCUUCUUUUCGUUGACGAGGAGCCGUUUUACUGGAAGACUGUUAGACUGCUUAUUUUAAAAAGCUACUACCAAAUAAUUACCCACUACUAAUUACCAACGGAUGCACCCCAGGACAACGAGCAAAAAACAAAUCGACGCCCGAAGAAUGAUUUUGAGUGACUUGCAGCGCAAUUCUCUAUAGUUGGCUUAGUUUUAGUUAAGCCGUAUUAGGAUAUGUAGAACACUAUCCCGUGAGAAUUUAACAUCCCGCAAACAAGAAAAGAGCUAGGCCCCGGGUUCAAAACAUAAACAACAGGAAAUGACUUAUUAAUAUGCGAGAAAUAGACCAGCUUCAUUACCUCUACAUGUGAGACUAGCGCCAAAAUUAAGAUUUGUUCAGUCAUUUAGUUUAGAAUCGACUCUAUGCACUGCAUCAGCCACGCGUUAAAAAGAAAAGAAAAUAACCUCUGAUGUUCAAGCAAACUCUAUGGUCACGUUACACUUGCUUAGCCUGUCAACACUUCAGUUUUCACGCCAAAAAAACACUAGACCGUGAAAGACCAUUUUCUCUGGCUUUGCGGGUAGUCUCUCUUUUUUCGUGCCUCUCCCGUGUGAUAUCACUCAUCCCUGUAAAAAAAUAUACGGGAAUGCCAGAUACGGCUCCCAUAACAUCCGUUCACCCGCGGCCCAUACAUUCAGGCUCCAGUCUGUACUGAGAGUGCUUUCCUCUACCGAUUUACCUUUGCACACCAACAUAGCCGCUGUUUCCUAAUUGUAACACACCAGUAUAGCCGCUGGGACGUCAUGUGAAAAAGCUCCAUUUGUGUCCCAAGUUUCUGAUUGUCAUAGUUUUUUUAUUUCUUCAAAGAUCUGGAGGAGUAAAAAAGUCGAUGGUGGUGAGACACCUCAUUUAAGCCGUAGACGAUCGCUAUGAUUUAGCUUAUUUCGGUACUAGAUAUAUAUACUUCUCCCUGAAGUGUUUUGUGGGAUGGGGCGUUUGCUAUUCACCAAUGAUUUCGGAAAUGUCGAUGGAAAUCUCCAUCGGAUGAAGGAAGCGUGUUAUUCAAGGUCCAUUCAGUCCCUUCCCCCAAAAUUCAUAAUGGCUGUACAUACAUGGUACGGAAAAACUCGAAACUGGUGAAACGAUGGAAAACACGUUAAUGGAACAGAAAUUUCCACUGAAAAAGUUUCCAUGGGAAAAAGGAGACUAUCAGUUAAACUAUUUUUUAUUAAUUCCACUAAUUCCUGGGAAAUUUCCAGAGGUACGCCCGAAAAAUACCUGAAUUUUCCGUAUCUCUUGGUUAAAAUAGAAGCGCGUCCUUUAUUAACAGCUCACCGGAUGGUUGGACCACUUAAUGUCAAAAGUGAUGUUAAAUCUCUACCUCGUGAUCUCGAAGAAUUUGUUAGUGGUUCAGGAGGGCAUGGUUUUAUCAUUGUUUCCUUUGGAUCAAAUGUGGCUUCCAUUCUUCCUCGAGACCUUGUAGAUAUGCUUGCAACAGCUUUUGGAAAGCUAAAACAGCUGGUGUUGUGGAGACUUAAAGGUAACUUAUGUAUAUUUGUAAAUUAUCCUUGGUUUUGUGUGAAAUCACUAAGAUAUGAGAUUCUCUCGUCAGGUCAUCAAGAAUUUACUGGCAAAUUCUUUCUUGCAGGCUAUAUCCCUACCUUUCUUGCUAAAAACAUCAAAGUUAUGGAUUGGUUACCGCAAAAUGAUCUAUUGGCUCACAAAGAUAUCAAGGCGUUUGUCUCACACGUGGGUCACAACAGUAUGUAUGAGUCUGCAUAUCACGGGGUUCCCUUGGUCUGUUUCCCACUGUUUGCAGAGCAGCAUGCAAAUUCCAAAAAAGUGGAACAUUUUGGACUCGGUUUAGCAGUGUAUCACGAACAUACUAAUGCCCAUCUACUUUCUGAAACGAUUAAGCUGGUUGUAAGCGAACAAAGGUAAUUUCCAUUUCCUUUUGAAUUUAUUUAUUAACGAUUCGUCCUUUGAAUGGACAAAAACGUUUGAGUGUCGAAGGCUGAAUUCGUUGUACUGCAUGAAAUAGUUACGUAUAGUCAUAAAGAAAUUAAAUUUAAUACACUUUAAAUGAUGACUCUAUUGGACGUUUCAGUGGCCAAUAACCUUUUCACUUUGGUUGCACAGAAUUCGUGUGAUACACUUAAAAGUUUUGGAUGAAACCUCCGUUUCCACAGCUACGUUUUUAACGUUAUUACCGUCUCUAUAUUUCCUCCUCAAUUUCUUUGAAAUGUGAAAGCUGAUAGACUCAUGUAUAGUUUGCCUUACAAAAGUAACUGUUACUUGUCUUGAGUUUUGACCGCGCACUGCUUGUCUUACGUUCAUUACAUCAGUUCACAUGAGCUGCGAGCUCAAUUUGGAAUCGACUCAUUUGAAGUGAAACGUUGACCCAGUUAAGUUCGGCUCUUUGUUCUGAUUUGGAUCGGCUGAGGAGUUCUGUGGCUGGCCAAGUCGCUAAACAAAUAGACCGGCUCGCUAAUUUUGGUCGAUUCAAGCUGUAAUUAAGCUCGACUCAUUUGAAGGACGGCGUUUGACCUAUGCCUUAAAGGCUACCAAUUCCCAAAGGAAGCUUUGCAGUAAGGUAUAUGCCUUCUGGAAAACUCCGAUAACUACAAUUCGCACCAGCCCAACCUGCAUUUCUACUGUACUAAAACAUUUCUAAUUAUACCUUCCAGACAAACUGUACCACCACCUCCACCACCAAAUUUAGCGAUUCUUAAACAUUAAUCGUCAACCAUUUAGUAUAGUUCACACAUAGGUGGAUCGUGGAUGGCGCAUGGACGCUUCAUAAUCCUUUACCCAAAAGGAAGUGUAUGACUGGUUUCAUACAGUAGACUUGUUCGGAUAGAACUUGCCAAUAAUAUUAAAAGAAAGUUCCUCUUCUGUAGAUUCAAGCAAACUGCAAUGCGUAUAUCCAGCUUGUUAAAAGACCGUCCACGCACUCCUCUACAAGAGGCCUGUGACUGGAUAGAGUAUGUACUGAGACAUGGAGGAGCCAAGCAUCUUAGACCUCAAGUGUUUUACAUUCCUUGGUAUCAGUAUUAUUUGUUUGACGCCAUUGCUUUUAUUGUUACGGUGAUUAUUUUGGUUGCUAUAGCGACAAGGUUGAUAUGUAGAUUCAUUUGCCCUCUGUGCUGUAUGAGACAAGGAAGCAAAGAGAACAGGGAGUGA